AUGCAGCCCCCUGAGCCCCGUGGCCCCCCGGGCCUUGAGGGGCUCCUGGCAGCCGGCGGCUUCGCAGGCGGCCAGGGCAGGGGGCUGCUGCCUCCUCCCCCCCCAGCUCUCGGUGGUCCAUCGCCUCCCCCCGGGAUGAAUCCCGGUUACCCGGCGGAGGGACCGGCCGAGCAUUCCAAGCCGUGUCCGGCUGCCGCCCCACCACCGCCGCCGCCCCCUCCGGUUGCCCCGCCGGGUCCCACCGCCUCCACUCCUCUUCCCUAUGGAUAUUUCGGCAGCGGCUACUACUCCUGCCGCGUUUCCCGCAGCUCCCUGAAAACCGGUCCGGUGCAGGGUCCCUUUCCCGGUGAAAAAUACCUGGACACCCCCACCGGCAGCGAGGAUUUCCAGAGCCGCCCCGCCGAAUUCACCUUCUACCCGGGCUACGGGGCUCCUUACCAACCCGUUACCGGUUACCUGGAUGUGUCGGUGGUACCGGGGUUGGGGGGUCCGGGGGAUGCUCGGCAUGAGACUCUGCUGCCCGUGGAUAGUUACCAUCAACCGUGGGCUCUGGGCGGCAGCUGGAGCAGCCAGAUGUGCUGCUCCAAAGAGCAGGGACAAGCUGGGUACCUCCUGAAAUCCGCCUUUGCAGACUCAGCCGGGCAAAUGCCCCCCGACGGCUGCUCGUUUCGGCGGGGCCGUAAGAAGAGGGUCCCGUACAGCAAGGGGCAGCUGAAGGAGCUGGAAAAGGAAUACGCCAGCAGCAAAUUCAUCACCCGCGACAAGAGGAGGAAGAUCUCCGCUGCCACCAACCUCACGGAGCGACAAAUCACCAUCUGGUUCCAGAACAGGAGGGUGAAGGAGAAAAAAGUCGUCGCCAAAAUCAAAAGCAGCAGCAGCACCCCGUGA